CUCAUUUGCAGCUCGUAUAAAUUGGAUCGUUUUGUAUUUUUACUUUCUUUUUCUUUUUCUGGAAAUGAACCUAACCAACACAAAGAAGUGAAACCUUCGAGGAGAGGGGAGGAGGGGAGGAGAGAGGGGACGAGAGGAGGUGAAGACACCUGUGGAGGUCCAUGGACUGACCUUCAACAAGGACAAUGAAGACCUGCAGACGUUCCACCAGUCCCAGAGGAGCAGCGCUCUCUGACCUCCUUUGUCCAGGGAAAAAGAAAAGAGGAUUUCACUCCUGGCACUCAGUGGUACUUUGGACUGUUGUUUUGUACUUACGACUGUAUUGUUAUUGUGUUACUCAGAUUGAGUUCCCCAUAGAUGGGAAUCUGCCUCACAAAUAUGAGACUUUUUCAAACUACAAUUGAGAAAAUUCUAUGAAUUAUGUGUGUGUGUGUCCAGGGUGAGGUCAUGGGGUGAUGAGGACAACCCUCCGCUUUACUGCUAAUGACUAGUGAUGGCCACAGCAUCACCUCAACAGUCUUUGGAUGACAUCAUAAAAACAGUACUGGAAGAUCAUCAUCUUCAGCAGCAGCAGCAGCAGCAGCAGCAGCAGGAGUUUCUCAGCUCACUGGAGACAGUUGUCCUCACCAUCUUCCUCUCAAUCAUUAUUAUCAUGACAGUCUUCGGAAACCUGCUGGUCAUGGUGGCACUUUGCAAAGACAGACAUCUGAGGAAGAAGAAAACAAACUACUUCAUCGUGUCUCUGGCGUUUGCCGAUUUGCUAGUUGCUGUGGUGGUGAUGCCCUUUGCUGCUGUUGAGUUGACCACGGGUCAGUGGAGAUACGGACAGAUCUUCUGCCUGGUGCGUACGUCGCUGGACGUCCUGUUGACAACAGCGUCCAUCCUGCACCUCUGCUGCAUCGCACUGGACAGAUACUACGCCAUCUGCUGCCAGCCGUUGGUCUACAGCCAUAAGAUGACCCCGGUGAGAGUGGCAGUCAUGCUGGGCAGCUGCUGGAUCAUCCCCACCUUCAUCUCCUUCUUACCCAUCAUGCAAAACUGGAACGCCAUCGGCAUCGAGGACAUUAUUGAAGAGAGGCGAGCGUUGACGGGAGGAUCCAACGACACCAGCUGUGUGUUCCUGGUGAACCAGCCUUAUGCCCUCAUCUGUUCGGCUGUAGCCUUCUACGUACCGCUGGCCCUCAUGGUCCUGGCGUACCAGCGUAUCUACGUGACUGCCACGACCCACGCCAGACAGAUCGAGACGUUGCAGCGCGCCGGCUCUGCUCCUGCGUGUGGAACGGCACGGGCCGUCACCGUGAGAUCAUCUACUUCUUCAGAUCCAACAGAACUCUACCGGCCGAGGACAAGAGCAGGUUCUCCGUCCACAGACCAGGCUGCUGUUGUCAACAGCCGCAUGAGGGUCGAGACUAAGGCGGCAAAGACGCUAGCAGUUAUUAUGGGCUGUUUCUGUCUGUGUUGGGCCCCGUUCUUCAUCACUAACGUGGUGGACCCCUUCAUUCACUACUCAGUGCCCUGGCAGCUGUGGACCGCCUGGCUGUGGCUGGGCUACAUCAACUCAGGGUUGAACCCUUUCCUCUACGCCUUCCUUAACCGAGCGUUUCGAAGGGCCUUUCUGAUGAUCCUUUGUUGUGGAGAUGAAAGGUACUCUCGUCAGGGGAGCUGCUCCUACAGACAAACCCACGGAUCGCUCAACGGCACCUCCAUGGCAUUGAGGCUGUCCUUCCUGCCCAAUCAGAGCUACAGUGACCACGGACAGACCGUUCUGGCCAAUGAGCAGGAGUCACAUGAUUCCCUUGGAAAACAGUGAAGAAGAAUUUCCUUGGAAACAGACUGUGGUUCUGUUUAGUUCUGUUCUCUUAAAGUUCUCCAUCCAUUCACAUCCAGACCACAGUCAGAACAUAGAUAUAGACCUGUCAGACCUGCUGCUCAGUCUUCAGCCAGGAACAAUGAAGAACAAGCCUGAAACAGCACUGCUGGAAACAUCAGUACUAGUGGGGGUUUUCAGGUUGUUUUUCCACGGUGGAGAAAAUCUCUUCAAAAUAUGUUUUAUUUCCAACAUUCUAUGUCACGGAUUCAAGUUUGUUUUUUUAAAUGAAAUCUGUCGCAUCUCUGCAAGUAAUCCUGCACCUAUUUAUUUUAAACACUAGAGGGCAGAAAUGCUCAGCAGCAAAUUUUCCCUGCACCAAACGUGGCGGAUUUUUUCUGCGA